AUGUAUGCCUACUUUGAAUUGGGUGUCAUUUUUGUCAUUUUAUGCACACCUCAUACCCAUUGCGAUGGAAUCGGGGGUCACCGGAAACAUGCCUUCCAGGAGGGGGACCAGGAGGGGGACCAGGAAAGGCACCAUCUCCUCACCAAACAGCACGACGUCGAGGACUUCGACACCUCCAACGACAACCAAGACUUGGGACAGUUGUUCCUCAACGUGUUCACUGACCUAAACAGUGGCAAACAUGACAACCACUCGUGUCAGUCGUGUAAUAAGGCGCUGACGUACCUGAAGCUGUUUGUGCCCUACCCGGGUAUCAUGAAGUGGGUGUCCAAGAUCAUCUGUCCCAGAGUGGAGGCCACGUUCUCGACACGUGUUUGUGCCGGUGUUAUAGACCGGAUCGCCGACCCACUCGUGUAUGUUCUCCAGAAUACUAACCUAACGGUGCCGGAGGUGUGCUCCACAUUAUUGCACCCGGACUGUAUGACAUACCUUAAACUACCCUACACAAAUAGUGUGCUCUGGGAGCUACCACUGCCUAAACGACGGCCCUUUAAGCCCCGUACUCGGCGUACCGGUCUCACCAUAAAAAUGUUGCACUUGACUGACAUACACUUGGAUUUAUGGUACACUCCCGGGUCCAACUCCCAGUGCAACGAGCCCUUAUGUUGUAGGUCUACCUCCCCGGGCACCGGCCAUUCAGCGGGAUUUUGGUCUGAAACCCGAUUUUCAUGCGAUUCGCCCCUAUUUUUCGUGACCGAAGCGCUCCGGCAUAUUAGUGAUCAGCACCGGGACAUCGAUUUCGUGAUCUGGACGGGCGAUAACGUGCCGCACGACGUCUGGAACACCACCCAAGAGGACAACUUAAAGCACAUCCAAGUGGUGACCCAAUUGGUUAAAAAGGCAUUCGCCGGCAAACCUGUAUUUCCCUGUCUUGGUAACCACGACACCCACCCCAACAACAUGUAUGUGCCGCAUGUGGUGUCACAGGACACGGAGGGCAGUAUAUCCAUGGGUUGGUUGUACGACACACUUGCGGAUGACUACUGGAACCAAUGGAUAGGUAGUCUGUCCGCAAAACGGACCUUCAAAAAGGGAGGCUAUUAUUCAUCUCUAGUUAAUAGGGGACUAAAAGCUGUUGUGUUGAAUAACAAUAUAUGCCACCUUGGUAACCUGUGGAUCGCCUACGACCCCAUUGACCCCGACUGUCAGCUCAAGUGGCUUAUCCAUGAGUUGGACAGUGCAGAAAGGAAAGGCCUAUACGUUAUUAUUAUCGGUCACGUGCCACCCGAGGAGUGUUACCUAUCGUGGAGCAGUAACUAUAUGCGAAUAGUGGAAAGGUAUGCCCACUUGAUUGUGGGCACCUAUUUCGGUCACUCACACAAAGAUGAGAUCGUAGUCCUGUAUAACAAAAAUAUAACAAACAAUGAGACGUAUGCCGUAUCCCACGGCUAUAUCGGCUCCAGUCUCACAACCUAUCCCUCCCUGAACCCGGGGUACAGGAUAUUCACGUUGGAUAGCACUGGAAAGCCUUUGGACUUUGAGAUGUACUACACGAAUGUGACUGAAAAUAAUAUAGUAGGCCAUAAGAGUCCUCCCAAAUGGAGUUUAGGCUAUUCGGCGAAACAGAGCUACCGUAUGGACUCCCUGUCCACCCGAUCGUGGGAUGAGUUCAUGCGAAAAGCCGCUUUCGACGACCGGUUGGCCGACCUGUACUUUGAACACUACCGGCGCUUCAGUGAAGCGUUUGUUGAGGAAAGGAAAAGCAAUUAUAAUAGUAUUGACCACAAGAGACAGAAACUGCUGAGUAGGCGAGUAUUGAACCCACUCUACAAUCUGCUGCCAAAUACGUUUUGA